UCCCGUCUCUGCAACUGUAGUUCAUUCACUUCCUGAACACCUCAGUCAGCUCCUCACCUCAGUUUUCAUCCAGGUGCUCCUCUAACCUCAGCUCCGGCUUAGUAUCCGGCUGACUCCCGCUUCUGUAACCCAAACAAACAAACAAACAAACCGGAGGUCUGUGCUCCGGUUUAGGGUCUAAACUACUGUGAACCAGGGGGAGUAGAGCUAGCUGGCUGGGAGGCUCAACGUUAGCCGAGCAGCAGCAGCAGCAGGUGAAGGAAGCAUCGCUCCGGUCUGGACCUGACGGCGGGUAGAGCGAGCGCAGCAUGGCCGCAGGGAGCAGCAGCCUUGCGGGGGAGGAGAAGACAGCGAGCCGGAGUCAGAGCGACGUCAACAGGAAGUUGAAGUACAUCAGCCUGGCGGUGCUUGUGGUCCAGAAUGCGUCGCUCAUCCUCAGCAUCCGAUACGUACGCACGUUGCCGGGCGAUCGCUUCUUCACGACGUCAGCCGUCGUCAUGGCGGAGAUCCUGAAGGUCCUGACGUGUCUGCUCAUCAUCCUGCUGCAGAAGAGAUUCAAUGUGAAGGAAACGGCGCUCCUCCUGGUCGACUCCAUUGUGUUUCAGUACAAAGACACUCUGAAACUGGCCGUUCCUUCUCUCAUCUACACGCUGCAGAACAACCUGCAGUACGUCGCCAUCUCCAACCUGCCAGCCGCCACCUUCCAGGUGACGUACCAGCUGAAGAUCCUCACCACCGCUCUGUUCAGUGUGAUGAUGUUGAGGAAGUCUCUGUCCAGAGUUCAGUGGAUUUCUCUGCUGCUGCUGUUUGCUGGAGUCGCCAUCGUUCAGGUGCAGCAGGAGGGGAAGAAGGAGGCGUCGGUGGCGGACAGCUCCAACCAGAACUACAUGGUUGGUCUGGUCGCCGUGGUGAUCAGCUGCCUGUCGUCGGGCUUCGCCGGCGUUUACUUUGAGAAGAUCCUGAAGGGGAGCUCCGCGUCCGUCUGGAUGAGGAACGUGCAGCUGGGGAUCUUUGGCAUGGCGCUCGGCAUGCUGGGACUGUGGUGGAAGGACGGCGACGCCAUUGCCGAGCACGGCUUCACGUUCGGCUACACCAGUAUGGUGUGGUGCGUCAUCUUCAACCAGGCGUUCGGCGGGCUGCUGGUGGCCGUGGUGGUGAAGUACGCCGACAACAUCCUGAAGGGCUUCGCCACCUCCUUCUCCAUCAUCGUCUCCACGGUGACGUCCAUCUACCUGUUCGGCUUCCACGUGGACCUGCUCUUCACGGCGGGGGCGGGGCUCGUCAUCGGCGCCGUCUACAUGUACAGCCUUCCCAAAGCGGCCGGUGGCUCUUCGUCCCCGAGCGCGUCCUCGUCUUCCUCGGCGUCUUCGGCGUCGCCGAGGACGAACGAAGGCGCCGAGUUGGAGGCGUUUCUGCCAAAGUGUUCAGGUAAACAGAAAGGGUCCUGAGUGACAGACGGCUGUCUUCAUCCUCCCUGCUGACGCUAAUGCAGUGUUAUUAUGGUACUACAGUAUUAUUAUUAUGGUACUGCAGUAUUAUUAUGGUACUGCAGUACUGAACUGUGUUAUAGGUACUUAUUACACGGCUUUGUUGAAUACUCGAUUCUGAUUGGUCAAUCACAGCAUUCUACGGUCUGUUAUUUCUUUAUAGCAGACCGUUGCUAUGCAUAACAGACCGUUGCUAUGGGCACAGUUCU